AUGACAAAACGGAAGCAACACGUCACCGGAGAUGAUUCGGUCAUUGAUCUGAUUCCUGUUGAUCUCGUCAUUAGAAUCUUGUCGAGACUUCCGGUGAAGUCUAUGGCUCAGUGUCGUUGCGUAUCGAAGUUCUGGUCGUCCAUCAUUCGCCGUCCAAAUUACAAUCUGUUGUUCCCGAAGUCUCCGGCUACACCAAGGUUCCUUUUCAUCGUUAAAAAUGGGCUCUACGGACUGAAUAUGUUCAUCUACUCUUCACCUCAACCUCAAAAUCCAGAUAAGUAUCAAUCUCUUGUAGCCACUCUUCACACGAGGUCCGCCACAGAUUACUGUAGUAAAAUAAGUCCCCCGGUCAAUGGUUUGGUCUGUCAUCAGUAUACUGGAAAGGAUCAUAUAUAUGCGGUGAUUUCCAAUCCGAUCACAGGAGAGUACGUAAGAACACCUGAAGUGACAAGAGAGGCGAUUCAUACGUCAAGGGAAAAAACUUACUUUGGUUAUGAUCCGAUUGAAAAGCAGUUCAAGGUCAUGUGUAUGACCUGGUUGUCUUGUGGCGGCUCACACGAGUAUCAAGUUCUGACAUUAGGGACUGGAAAAUUUUCUUCAAAUAAUCGAAAAGUUAUGAAGAAUUGGUUACUAAGCUGA